GCACAGUCCACAGAACAAAAAUGAAAUUUCAUAGUUUGGCAACAUGGAUUCAUUGUCAACAACUUUCAACUGAUUAGUUGUUGAAGUAAAGCGGCGACAUGUCUGACACAUGGAGUGAUAUACAGGCUUUUAAAUCAAGACAAAGUAGCCUGCGAGAAAGGUUACAGAGGCGCAAAAAAGAGAGAGAAGGCUUAGUUUUAAGUAUAACUAGUGAAUUAAGUACUGGCAGUCCCAGAAGUAACAGUCCAGUAUUGAAUGCUGCUAUUAAAGAAGAAAGCAAUUCAGUACCUGAAAUAAAAUCUGAUCCUGUUGUUGAAUACAAAUUACUUUUAUGCCUUUGUGAUGCCAUUAACUUACCAACUGAUUCUAGAAUUUUAGUUUCUAAUAUAGUAAAAUCUUUAAACAAAGAUGUACCACAUAUUAUGGUGGAGAAUUUACUGCAGAAGUUUGCAACACAAGAGCUCAUAACCAUUAAUGAAAGUUUUACACCCGAAGGUAAAAGCUGUUUGGUUGUUUCCUCUGCUGAGCAUACUAAAUUACAAGCUAUGGCCAAUGAUCUCUGCUUAGAAGAUCCAACUUUGAGUAAGGUACAUGGAGCUCAAAAAAGAAAAGUAGAGGAAACUCUAGAAGAAGAACCUAAAACUAAGAUUGUAAAUAAGAGCAGAGACAUUAAUAAAAGUAACAAAAAUACUGAUACAAUUGAAAAUCUACUAUCUUUACCAUCUGCCAGAGAAAAGGAAACAAAGAAACUAGGUGAAGAAAUUCUAGAACUUCUUAGUAAACCUACUGCAAAAGAGCGAUCAUUAGUUGAACAGUUUCGCUCCCAAGGAGGAGCCCAAGUACAAGAAUUUUGUCCUCAUGGUACAAAAGAAGAAUGUACUAAAGUUUCUGAUGGUAAUCAACCUUGUGAUAAAUUGCAUUUUAAGAAAAUAAUUCAAAAGCACACAGAUGAAUCCUUGGGAGACUGUUCUUUUUUGAACACAUGCUUUCAUAUGGAUACUUGCAAAUAUGUUCAUUAUGAAGUUGAUUACUCAACUGUAUCUCAGGUUUCAAAAUCUCAAAAAAAUGAAAAAAGUGAUUCCAAGUUAUCUCAUGAUGGUAAUAAACCAGUGUUAUUUCCUCCACAAUGGAUACAAUCUGAUUUACGCUAUUUUGAUAUGACUAUUUUGGGAAAAUUUGCUGUUGUCAUGGCUGACCCUCCCUGGGAUAUACACAUGGAACUACCCUAUGGAACAAUGUUAGAUGAUGAAAUGCGACAUUUAAAUAUUCCUAGCUUGCAAGAUGAGGGUCUCAUUUUUUUAUGGGUUACUGGUCGUGCUAUGGAAUUAGGCCGAGAAUGCCUGCAAUUGUGGGGUUAUGAAAGGUGUGAUGAAAUUAUUUGGGUCAAAACAAAUCAACUUCAGCGAAUCAUACGUACUGGACGAACUGGUCACUGGCUGAAUCAUGGCAAAGAGCAUUGUUUAGUUGGUGUUAAAGGUAAUCCUAAAGACAUAAAUAGAGGUCUUGAUUGUGAUGUUAUAGUUGCUGAAGUAAGAGCUACAAGCCAUAAACCUGAUGAAAUAUAUGGUAUUAUAGAAAGGCUUUCUCCUGGUACUCGUAAAAUUGAACUUUUUGGACGCCCUCAUAAUGUGCAACCAAACUGGAUAACUUUAGGAAAUCAAGUUAAUGGUGUCCGUUUAAUUGACCCAACUCUGAUUGAAGUCUUUAGAAAAAUGUAUCCUGAUGGGAACAGUAUGAAGAAACCGGAACCAUAAUUUCUAUAUCACCAGCAAAUUAUUAUUAUUUUCCAUUUUAUUUUGAGAUUUUCAUAUGACAAAUAAAAUGCAUAUUAUUAUCAACAUA